AUGCUCAAUCAAUGUUGCAUCUUCUUCACUCUUCUCUUCAGCUUUGUAUAUGCUGCUUAUCCUUCGCCUGGACCAUGCAGUGGUCAAUGCUGGGCUCACGAUCCAUCUUUGAUCCGUCGGAAGGAUGGAACUUGGUUCCGUUUCAACACUGGUAAUAAAAUCGGCAUCUGGAAAUCACGCUCACUGAGUGGCCCGUGGGAAUAUGCCGGUGAUGCUUUUCGAGAGGGAUCCUCAAUACCUAUCAAGGGAAACGAUUUUCUAUGGGCACCUGAUGUUCAGUUCAUCGACUCAAAAUAUUAUAUGACCUAUUCUGUGUCGAUCUUUGGGAGUAAAAAUUCAGCAAUUGGUGUUGCUACGAGUCCAGAUAUGGAACCAGGAUCGUGGACAGACCUUGGCUCAACUGCUUUACAGUCUUCAGAAAUCACGCCUUAUAAUGCCAUCGAUUCUAGUACUAUUAUGGCAGGAUCCGGGGAUCAUUGCUUGAUGACCUUCGGUUCUUUUGCUGGUGGUAUCUUUCAAGUUCCGUUGUCAAAUCCUCCAACAAAAAUCGAAUCCAAUGGCAAGAUCAAGAAACUCGCUCAUAACACCCAUGGAAGUCCCACCGGUGAGGGAUCAUAUAUGUUUCAUCACCGCGGAUAUUACUACCUCUUGUACUCCGUCGGUAGAUGUUGUGGUUAUAACGAAAAGAUGCCUGCCCGUGGUGAAGAAUACCGGAUUGUGAUGUGUCGCAGUAAAUCCCCGAGCUCAGGAUUUGUGAACAUGAAAGGUGCUGAUUGUGCUGAGCAUGGGGGAUCAACUCUCUUAGCUAGUCACGGUGACGUGUAUGGCCCUGGUGGCCAGUGUCACAAUCACGAAAUCUGGGCAAUUAUUGCUCUACUACCACUAUGCAAGUCUAAAGACAAAAAUGACGGAUGGUGA